GGCUGAGCUGUCUCGCGUCUCUUUUUCUCUUUUCGCUAAUCCAAGCAGACAGGCUACCACCGCUUCGACUGCCAUACCGGUACAAGCACAUGCAUCCGAUGCCUGCUACUCCAUCUCUCCCGACGAUGUGCUCUAAAAAUGUAUAAUCAAGAAAUGCCGUUUACCCCUCCUGCAUCAUGCAUACAAGUCGUGACCACCGCGUGGGUUGCGAUCCGAUUGGCCGCAUAGUACCAGCAGGUCCCAAGUAUGGCAUUCUGAAACCGCGUCUUUUAGCCUUUGAAACAGCGCUCGUCCAGUUCCGUGGGCUCUACUUGAUCACUUUUCCGCUUAUUCGGAGUCCCUGGGGGAGGCAAGGGGCGGAAAUACCAUCACAUCGGCGUAGAUGCCUCGCAGUCUCUCAGCCGCUUAGCCGCUUCGGUCAACCUCAAAGAGGCAGAACUCGAGCAACGACGUCCGGUAUCUGGGUUUCAGAAUGUUGCUCCCUGAGACUGGACAGUAACUAGCCACGGAGCAACUGGGAGAGCCAAUACAAAAAUAGGGCUGAUGCAGUAAGUAGUCCGGGAUCAAUUCGUGGACGUGAUGAUUUAGUCACUACUACCCGUCUCCCCGGCGAUGCGAGCGGCUUAUGGUGAGAACGGUAAGGGGUCCCAUGCCUGACUUGAAAGUCUGUAAUUGGACAUUGAGGGUUACUAAGAGAGUUCGGGUUUCUGCUACCUGUAAAUCCCGUGGCACAGGCGAGAUUGCUUUGGAUCCCCGACUUUAGGCCAUGAAAAGAAAAGAAAAGAGACAGGAAAAGAAAGUUGAGGCUGGUUGAACGAAAUGGCCUGAUUCUUACGACAGGUGUGGAAAUUACAUUGCAGAUCCAAGCUCCAUAGGCAGCGUGUAGGGUAGUUUUGCUAAUUUCGCAUAUGCACACUUUGUCAGCAGCGUGCAGAAUGGGAUGCAGAUGGUAGACCUGUUCUUGUUUCACAAGUCCUUGUGUGGGAAUCAGCAACAAAAACAGAACAAAUCGGAGCAAUUGGAUCGGGAUAGUAGUGGUAAGUCUUGUAAUAGCCACGAAUAGUAGGUGAUGGUUUAAAGAAGCAUAUGAGUGGCAAAUUGCAUGCAGCACGAAUCACAUAAAUCAGAGGUCUGGAUUCCACACCGAUGGCCCAUGCAUGAAAUCUAGAAGAAGGAUGAUGCCUGUUGAAGAUGCUGGUACAGGUAAGAAAAACCAGUUAAAAACCCGGUGAGUGAGUGAUUGAUUGUUGCCUCCCACUAAACCGUUGAGUUACAUGGUUGGCAUGCUUUGCACAGCCCCCUCAAUGCUUUUUUUUCCCCCUCUCUCUGUAAUUCGUCAAAAGGUAGUCUAUGUAGGCAUGUUAAUUAUUGAAUCCUUCUUGUCAGCAGCCACACGCAAAGGGGGCGAAAAAAAAAAGUAAAUAAAUCUAACAAGCAGGGUAGGCUUGAAAUGUAAGUUGUAUGUCACUGGCUGAAAGUCCCGAAGAAAACAAGAAGAAAACAAUAAACAAACUUCCGAAAAGAGCAAGAC